AUGGCGGUGCCAGUGCUCUGGAUGCUGCUUCUUCAAGGGCUUCUGGGUAUGGAGGCAGUGAAGACCCCCCUGCUGUCCUGUCUUCCAGGCCUUGGAUGGGGGGAGAGUGAAGAGCUUCGACUUUAUCGCCAUCUCUUCAGUAACUAUGACUCUACCAGAAGGCCAGUGAGGUGGCCAGAAGAAAAAGUCUCUGUCAAUUUCAAGGUCACCUUGACCAACCUCAUCUCAUUGAAUGAGAAACAGGAGACUCUCACAACCAGUGUUUGGAUUGGAAUUGACUGGAGCGAUUAUCGACUCAACUACAGCAGUAAGGACUUUGGGGGCAUCACAGCCCUGAGAGUUCCUGCUAACCUAGUAUGGCUCCCUGACAUCGUGCUGGAGAACAACAUAGACGGCGUGUUCGGAGUGGCCUAUGAGGCCAACGUGCUGGUGAAUGAGGGAGGCUUUGUGAGCUGGCUUCCCCCAGCCAUCUACCGCAGCACCUGCGCAAUGGAAGUCACCUAUUUCCCCUUCGACUGGCAAAACUGCUCCCUAGUUUUUCGGUCUCAGACGUACAGCGCUGCAGAGGUGGCAAUUGUCUUCUCGGAGGAGUCUGGCCAGAUUCUAGACAAAAUCCAGAUCGAUGAGAAGGCCUAUACGGAGAAUGGCGAGUGGGCCAUCGAUUUCUGUUCUGGGCAGAUCUGGUACCAUGAUGAUCGCUCAGUGGAUGCCCCAGGGAAUAUUGAGGUUAUCUACACGCUCAUCAUUCGCAGGAAGCCCCUUUUCUACAUCAUCAAUAUCAUCGUGCCCUGCGUUCUCAUCUCAGGCCUCGUACUCCUAGUCUACUUCCUUCCCGCCCAGGCGGGUGGGCAGAAGUGCACGGUCUCCAUCUCAGUCCUCCUAGCCCAGACUGUUUUCCUGUUCCUCAUGGCAACAAAAAUCCCAGAGACUUCUCUGAGUGUCCCUCUGUUGGGGAGGUAUCUCAUUUUCGUCAUGGUGGUAGCCGCACUGAUUGUCAUGAAUUGCGUCAUCGUGCUCAACGUGUCCCUAAGGACGCCCAACACUCAUGUUAUGUCCCCUCGGUUACGUUAUGUUUUCUUAGAGCUGUUGCCCCGUCUUUUGGGUUCAAUUCCACCGCCACCGGCGCCAGGAGCGGGUUCUUCCCAACGUAGGGCUUCCUCCCUGGGAAUUCUGCUCCGUGCGGAGGAACUGAUCCUGAGAAAGCCCCGGAGUGAGCUGCUGUUUGAAGGGCAGAGACAUCGGCAUGGGCCAGGGCCAGCUGCCUCCACUGCCGCAUUGUGUCAGAGCCUAGGAGCUGCCGCAUCAGAGAUUCGUUGCUGUGUAGACGCGGUGAACUUCUUAGCGGAAAGCAUGCGGGAGCAGGAAGACUCUGGGGAGGAAGUUUCCAGCUGGGUCCUCGCGGGAAAGGCCUUGGACAACCUCUGCUUCUGGGCAGCCCUAGUGCUCUUUGGGUUUGGCACAGGCCUCAUCUUUCUUGGGGGUCAUCUGAACAGAGUGCCUGACCUGCCCUUCCCUCCUUGUAUGUAGACUUCCCUUUUGACCAGGAAGUACAUAACCCUAAGACUCAACUUCCACUCUGGAUGGGUCUCCGUCUUGACCUUUGCUGGCUAGUCCCAUCAUGAAAUAAAACCUUCAGUGGGGGAGAAAAUUUGGAACUCAAACUCUUGUGGAAGUGAACGUUAAAACCUAAAAAUAAAUAAAUUAAAAAAAAAAACCCUUCAGUGACCGUAGUCACCAAGGCCCAAGUAAAAAGGAGGCUGCCUACAUUUCACUUUCCUGUCCCCCAAAACUUUUCUUGGACUUCUAGAUUUGUGCUGACCCCAGUCUCCUUUCUUUAGUUAUUUUUGUUCCAUUGACAUGACUCACACUAACGCCUCUUUCCUCUUCUAUGAUAUAAGGACCUCAGCAGCCUCCUGCCCCAUAAAAGAAGCAGCCCUGGCUCCUCCAGCCCCUGGUCUCCCACAAAAUCCCCUGAAUCAUGACCAAAGUAAGGCCAUUUAGCCUGUAUUAAAGUCUCUUUUCCCAGUGAAUUGGAGUUUGAAUGUUAACUACCCUACCAGUUUCCCAGGCAUUUCCUUUUUCCUCUCCCCCCCCCAGAAUCAACACCAGCAAUAAUAGUAAUAGCUAGCACUUUGCAUGUUAGCUCAUAUAAUCCUCACAACUCAAUGAAAUAAGUACUAUUAUCUCCAUUUUAAAGAGGAAGAAAACAGAGGUACAGAGAGGUUAUGUGACUUGUCCCAGGGUCACACAG